UGCGUGCUGUAUUUUAAUCUUAUAUAAGAGCGCGCAAUACUUCUUUUAUUUUCAUUAGCGUUUUCGCACGCAAUCGUUUGAAAGUUUUUUAAGCUCGAUACUUUACUCACGUAUUUGUAAAGACAAAACCAUGUCGGAAGCAAAAAAGAAGAGACGGCAAUACAGUGCGGAAUAUAUUAAAUACGGAUUUGUUGAAAAUCCCACAAAUCCAUCUUCGCCUAUGUGCCUUCUUUGUCAAAAAACAUUUUCGAAUGAAGCGAUGAAGCCUUCUAGGCUACAAGAUCAUUUGAAUAAAAUGCAUCCAGAUAAGAAAGAAAAAAAUGUGGCCUAUUUUCAAGACCUGGAAAAGAAGUACAUAGCUCAGCCAACUGUAUCAAAACUUUUUUCAGCGGCUUCUAAGCAAGACGAUGACGGACUUCGAGCCUCGUACAAUAUCUCUUUGUUAAUUGCUCAAACAGGCAAACCACACACUAUUGGAGAAGAGUUAAUUUUACCGGCAAUAAAAGAAGUAAUAACUACUGUGCUCCAUAAACCAGCGGCAGAUAUUAUUCGAAAAAUUCCUUUGAGCAAUAGUUCUGUGCAAAGACGAAUUGAUGAAAUGGCUGAAAAUAUUGAAGACUCAUUGUGCAAUCAUCUGAAGACUAGUCAAUUCUCAAUUCAGUUGGAUGAGUCCACUUUACCAACUAAUGAAGCACUAUUGUUGUCAUACGUGAGGUUUAUUAAAGAUGAGAAAAUAUGUCAAGAACUAUUAUUUGCUAGAAAUUUAGAGACAGAUACAACCGGAGAAACCAUAUUUAAUACACUGGAAAAGUUUUGUGAUGAGAAAGAAAUUCCCUUGAAGAAUAUUAUAUCAGCUGCUACGGAUGGCGCUCCGGCUAUGACAGGGCGUCACAAAGACUUCAUAGCGUACUUAAAAAAUAAAAUUCCAGAUGUGCUCGCUGUUCAUUGCAUCAUUCUUCGACAACAUUUGGUUGCGAGAAAUUUGAGUGAACGGCUGUUUCAAUCACUGCAACAUGUCAUCAAAGCAGUCAAUAAAAUCCAAAAGAGCUCUUUAAAUUACAGAUUAUUUAAUCAGCUUUGUGUUGUUAAUGAUGAAGAUUUCAACCGAUUGCUGUUUUACACAGAAGUGCGUUGGCUAUCAAGAGGUACUUGUCUGACUCGAUUUUAUAAUCUGUUUGACUCUGUGAUAGAGUUCUUGGAAAACAAAGGCACAGAAUUGCGCAACAACCUCAUCACAUCAAAGAAUGAUAUUGCGUACUUGACAGACCUGUAUAAAUUGUUUAAUGAUAUCAAUCUCCAACUUCAAGGUGACGACUUGAACUUGAUUAAAACAAAAAAUAUCGUUGCUGCUUUCGUAGCCAAACUGCUCUUACACAAGAAAAACAUCGGCAGACGUGAGUUUCACAAUUUCCCUAAUUUAUCAGCAGUACCCUUCAUCAACGACGACUUGCUUGUUUACUGCCAACAUUUGGAGAACCUCCACAGUGAUUUCAAAGAACGGUUCCAGGACAUUUUAAAAUUGGAAAUACCGGACUGGGUGUUGGAUCCUUUUUCAAAUGUCAUCACAGCAGGAUCAUCCCAGCUUGAGGAAGAACUUAUAGAACUGACAACGAACGAGGAAAUAAAAAUCAAAUUCAAAAAUGGCUACCAAGAAUAUUGGCUACAAAAGCCAAUCCCACAAUUGUACCCUGGAUUGUGGUCGAUUGUUCAACGAUUUUUGGUAGCAUUCCCAUCGUCAUAUUUGUGUGAACGUGGAUUUAGUGCUGUGGCAACGCUGCUAACUAAAAAGAGGAAUCGUUUGCAUGUUACCGAACGCGGUGACUUACGGCUGUUUUUGAGUAAAUUCGAACCUGAUAUUAACAAACUUGUUAAAAAUCAUCAGAUUCAU